AGGGUGAUCAGAAAUUUUGGCAUUUUAAAUUCGGUGCUUUUGUCAACUCGCUUCCGCCUUCUCUACCUUUAUCAAGUUAUAGUAAAUAUGUCAUCCAAAAAGUUGCAAGGAGCUGAAUUGUCUCUGUCAUCUGCAGAGCAGCAAGCUAAGAUCAAUGAGGUUAGAAAGCUGAUUGGUCCUGCUGUUGACAAGUUUCCAGCAAUGUGUUCGGACGCAUCAGUUCUAAGGUUUCUCAGGGCACGGAAUUGGCAUACAAAAAGGGCAGCAAAGAUUCUUAAAGAAACCUUGAUAUGGAGACUUGAAUAUAAACCAGAGAUGAUCCGUUGGGAUGAUAUUGCUCAACAAGCAGAAACCGGAAAAGUUUACAAAGCCAACUACUUUGACAAGUAUGGAAGGAAUGUGCUUGUCAUGAGGCCUGGAAUACAGAACCCACACUCAGUAGAGAAGCAAAUGAGAUAUUUAGUCUAUUGCAUGGAGAAUGCCAUACUGGAUCUAAAAUCGGGUCAGGAGCGAAUGGUUUGGUUAAUUGACUUUGAAGGGUGGAACAUGUCAAGCAUAUCAGUAAAGGUGACUCGGGAAACAGCUCGUGUACUACAAGAUCGUUAUCCAGAGAGGCUAGGUCUUGCAAUCUUUUAUAAUCCGCCAAAAGUUUUUGAGUCCUUCUGGAUAUUGGUAAAACCAUUUCUUGAGAAGAGGACAUACAAGAAAGUGAGGUUUGUCUAUCCAAAUGAUGCACAUACUCAGAAGGUAAUGGAAGAUCUAUUUGAUAUGGACAAGCUUGAAUCUUCAUUUGGGGGGAAAUGCACACAAGGGUUUGAAUAUGUCGCAUACUCCAAACGCAUGAAAGAGGGGGACAAGAAGAUGUCUGAAUUUGUUAAAUCUGGUGUUCCAUUGCCCUCUGACCAAUAUGUGACUGCUGAGACACGAGAAUCCUCAGCGCGAGACAAUGGUUUUGACUUGUCCGAGGAUGGUUUAUCCUCUACUGAUGAAACAACAUCAAACUUGGAAAGUUCAGAUAUUGAGACUGAAGAUUUGCAGAUGAGUUGUAAAGAUGAGGUCAAAGUUGAUACAACUGCUGCUAAAGAGAUAAAACAAAUCGAGUAGACACUAGCAGCUAUCUGUUCUCUCUCCUUUUCAUUUACUCUUUCAUUAUUCUUCAUGAUAACCUUAUUUGGAACUUAAUUUGCAAAUUACUGUAACAAUAUGCAAUUAUAUAACAGCCAACAACUUCCUCAUAAAAUGUAUAUUGGUGGUAUAUUAUUCGAAGAUGUUCGAUAAGUAGUACGAGUAGUUUUUGGCACAUAGCUUUUGUGCAGAGUGAUUAAUAUAAAGAGCACCUCUCUGUUUGUUUUUCAA